AUGCUGCUGCGUCUCGUGUCGGAUUACAAUGCGCGUAAGCAUCGCACUAUCGGCAUGCGACCCGCUGACGUAACUCCCGCGAUCGCCAAAAGACACCUGGGCACGGUGUAUAGUGCGACAAAGAUAGCGGGUCCCGCAAAAUUCAAAGUGGGCGAUGCGCAAACUAAUCCAGUGACGUACCUACUGGAGGAUUUCCGCGGUGAGCUCAUAGCUGGAGGUUUCUAUGAAUACGAACGCGUCGCUAAUCCCGAUGUGUAUCUCGUUGAAAAAGUGAAGCGCAAAAGGGGAAACGAGGUUUAUGUGAAAUGGUUGGGACUUGACAAAUCACACAAUUCGUGGAUUCAUAAAGAUAAUGUAUUAUAA